UGGAAUGCCUAUCUAUUUUUACCAUAUUUCUUUUAUGGGUUCUUCUAAGCCUUCCCCUCCAAUUAGAGCUCAAGCAACAAACAGCUAUUUACCUAGGGAUUCGGACUACAAACCUCGCGAGCAUCACUAUAUACUGACACCAGCGAUAGAAACCAAAAUGGACGAAGAUGACCAAAAAGUAGCCAUUAUGCGAAAGGCGUUUCAAAUGUUCGACACUUCUAAAUCUGGUUUUAUUGACACAUUAAAAAUUAGUACCAUACUUAAUACUAUGGGUCAAUUGUUCGAUGAUUCAGAAUUAAAUGAACUUAUAGAAGAAGUCGAUCCAGAUGAAACAGGAAAAGUUAACUUUGAUGGAUUUUGUGAAAUCGCUGCACAUUUUCUUGAAGAAGAUGAUGCUGAAGCUAUGCAAGAAGAAUUAAAAGAAGCUUUCCGACUCUAUGACCGUGAAGGUAAUGGAUACAUUACUACUGCCACACUAAGAGAAAUAUUGGCAGCAUUAGAUGACAAAUUAGGUCCAGAAGACUUGGAUGGCAUCAUUGCUGAGAUUGAUACAGAUGGAUCAGGCACAGUUGACUUUGACGAGUUUAUGGAAAUGAUGACUGGGGAAUAAAAUGACAAGUUUUAUCAGAGGAUUUGGAAAUUUUUUUUAAUGGUUAAAAAUUAUAAAAAAAUAAAUUAUCUGGAUAAAUUUUAUUGUUUAUUUAUUAUAAGUAUAUUAUAAAUUUAAUUGAAUAAGAAAACUGUAAUAAAUGCCUAAAUUCA